CACACACUCACUCACACACACUAACACCGAGACUCAAUUACUGCCCAAUUCCCUUCUUUAUCAUCUCCGGCUACCGGCCUCUAACGACAGCACAAAACCGAGAAAGAAAAGAAACAUUAGCUAGCUAUAUAUUAUAAAUAAUACUUGGAAACAAGGAUAAGGGGGAUUACGUAGCCAGAAGUGUCCAACUAAGGUUUGCAGGGCAGUGAUGUCACAGAACUGAAGACACUCUCGAACAAUAUGGAGUCCGGAGAGCAGCUGUCCGCCUCGCCGUCAGCAUCGUCCCCCGCGCACACGGUCACCUUCUCUCCCACCUCUCGCUCGUCCGCCCCUUCCUCCAAGAGCCCCCUGGUCCCCGGCCAAACCGCCCUGGGAUCCACCCUCUCCACCUGCGGGCAUCUGUUCCGGCAGGCCAGCGAUCAGCCGUUCAACAUGUCUGCCGUUUCAAGUGCCUUCCCCGUCGUCAGCCACCCGGGCUUCGGCCUCUACACCGCCAGCUCGGGCCGCUCGGAGUUCGGAGGCCUCGGCACCCUGGGCGUGUCCGCCGCCUUGGCAGCUCACCCCCAGCUGGGCGCUUUUCCAGAAUGGUGGCGGAGCUCAGAGGCUCACGGACGGGGACCAGCCUCUUUCUUCCCCCCUCUCUUGGGCCUGCCCCCCUUCUUCACCGCCCAAGUACAGAACCACGAAUCCGAGCCCUUUCUGUCCCGGGCCCCCAGCAAGAACGGACAAAGCACUCCCAAAGGUGUGAACAGCGCGGUGAACGGGAGCGCCGUCUCCGCCUCCUCGCGGGGGAGCUCCUCUAGCGCCGCGUCCCCGGCACUGGGCAACCCCGAGCAGGCCAAAUCCGCCAACUCCGCCAACUCCAGCAGCAGGAGCCACAAGAACAACCAGGACAAGCCCGAGCAGAAAACUAAAGAGAAGAAACCCUGCAAGAACGCUACGGGGAGCUCCAGCAACAGCGACAGCGAAUCCGGGUCCUCCACGGACUCCUCGAGCGACGGGGUGAGCAGCAGCGACUCGGACGACCUGGAGGAUGAUGACGACGAAGAAGACGAGGAAGAGGAUCCCAGCAACGAUAGCGAAGACUCCGACUCGGAUAACGAGGCCCCAGGGAAGAGGAAGGAAAAGGUGCCAGUGCAGAGCAGGGGCGAGAGCAGAAAGGACCGGGAGCACCAGGACAAGAAGAGCGGUCAGCACCGGAGCCUGCCAUCCGAUGCGGCCUCCCGCCCCUACCGCCCGCCCCAGCCGCCCCCGCCCCCGGCCCAGCCCGUCCCCCUGGUCUUCCCCGGCUCCAAGGGCAAGCCGCACCAGACCGUGAUCCAGGCCACGGGGCUGGGACCCGGCUCAAAACCCCUGUCUCUGGUCACGCAGCCCCGCCCGGACGGCUCAGCAUCGCCAAAGCCCCUGCCUCUGUGCCCGUCCCCAAACGCCGUGCCCCUCUCCCUCUCCGCUUCUCCCAAGCCGCUCUCCCUCACCCUCUCCCCCACCUCCAAACCCAAGUCCCUGACCCCCUCCCCAAAACCCCCGGCUCUCUCCCCCGACGGCGGGAAGGGGAGUGGCAGGAACCUGCCAGAUGAGCCGCAGAUCGGCGAUUUCAGACUGAAGCAGCCCUUCCUCUCCCAGGCCUUCCCCCUGCAGCUGAAGAAACCACAGGACCUCCGCAAGACCCAGAAGAAGACGGGUUCGUCAACGCUGCCCCCUCCAAAGCUCUUUCCCGAGACAUUGGGCAGCCACAAGCUCCCGCCGCCCUACAACAACCACUCCCACCUUUUCCUCUCCACCACCCUUCUUGGGCACCACAACGGCAUCAUCCAAAGCGCCAUCCAGGAAGCCCCCCUGGCCCUCAUCACUAAACCCCGCAGCCACGCCAGGAUCCCGGACAAGCCCCUCUCCACGGCUCCGGCCGCCCCCUCCUCUGCGCCCGUCAACCUGAGCACCGGGGCCAAGAGCCACUCAACACAGCCAUCUACCUCACCUGCCCCAGCCCAUGGGUUGGGGAAGAACUGGAUCUCCAAGGCAGCGUCCGCGGGCAAAGGGCUGUCCCAGAGCCACCUAGCGCAGUCCCUGGUGGACCUGUUUCGGGGGACCGAGUCCGACAUCCCCAGCAGCAAGGACUCGGACGACUCCGUGGAGGACGACAACGACGAAGAUGACGACGACGAGGAUGAGGAGGAAGAGGACGAAGAGGAUUCCGAUGACAGCCCGUCAGUGUCGGACAGCAAUCUAGAGAGCGACUCGGACGGCUCGGAGGACGACACAAAGGACCGAGACGAAACGGAGACGGACACAGAGGGAGAGAAAACCCCACUGAAGCUGACCAAAUCCGCUUCCUUACUGGACACCUCUUCCAACCGCUCUGCAAACUGCUCCCCUCUCAACCUCAUCAAGACGCCCGGCUUGGCCACGCCCUCUCUCCUGACCAGCUCUGCCGCCUUGACCUAUCACAGCGCCCCGUCUUCCUCGUACGCUCUCUGCAUGCCAGCACCAGGAAAAAGGAGGAGAGUGACAGACGAGCGGGAGCUGAGAAUACCUCUAGAAUUCGGGUGGCAGAGGGAAACCCGUUACAAAAACCAGAGCGGGCGCGUGCAGGGCGAAGUGGCUUACUACGCCCCCUGCGGAAAGAAACUGCGGCAGUACCAGGACGUUGUGAAGUAUCUAUCCAGAAAUGGAAUAAGUGACAUCACACGCGAUAAUUUUAGCUUCAGUGCAAAAAUAAGGGUUGGUGACUUCUAUGAAGCCAGAGAAGGACCUCAGGGCAUGCAGUGGAGCCUGCUGAAAGAGGAGGACAUCCUUCCGCGGAUCCUGGCUUUGGACGGACGGCGGGGUCGGCCCCUGAACUCGGAGAGCCAUCAGCCAGGCGACGACUCCUCCCCCCGCUCCCGACGCAGGAAAGGCCGGCCCCCCAACGUGGGAGACGCCGAGUUCUCCAGCACCACCAACGCCAAACUGCUUCGCAAGCUGGAGGCCCAAGAAAUCGCUCGGCAGGCAGCUCAGAUCAAACUGAUGAGGAAGCUGGAGAAACAGGCGCUGGCUCGUGCGGCCAAGGAGGCCAGGAAACAGCAAGCGAUCAGGGCUGCUGAGGAGAAGAGGAAACAGAAGGAACAAAUCAAGAUCCUCAAGCAGCAGGAGAAGAUCAAGCGGAUUCAGCAAAUCAGAAUGGAGAAAGAGCUCAGAGCGCAGCAGAUUCUGGAGGCCAAAAGGAAGAAAAAGGAAGAAGCAGCAAAUGCCAAAAUCCUGGAAGCUGAGAAACGAACAAAGGAAAAGGAGAUGAGGAGGCAACAAGCUGUCAUAUUAAAGCAUCAGGAGUUGGAGAGGCAUAGACUAGAUAUGGUAUGGGAGCGGGAGAGGAGGCGGCAGCAUAUGAUGUUGAUGAAGGCGAUGGAGGCUCGGAAGAAGGCCGAGGAGAAAGAGCGCGUGAAGCAGGAGAAAAGGGACGAGAAGCGGUUAAACAAGGAGCGGAAAUUGGAACUGAAGAGACUGGAGGUGGAAAUCGCCAAGGAGAUGAAGAAGCCAAAUGAAGAUAUGUGUUUAGCAGACCAUAAGCCUCUGCCGGAGCUGUGCCGCGUCCUGGGGCUGGUGCUGCCGGACGGAGCCUUCUCAGACUGCCUGAUGGUGAUGCAGUUCCUGCGCAGCUUCGGGAAGGUGCUGGGCUUUGACAUUAGCGUGGACGUGCCCAGCCUGGGCGUGCUGCAGGAGGGCCUGCUGAACCUGGGCGAGAGUGCGGCCGAGGUGCAGGACCUGCUGGUGCGCAUGCUGUCGGCCGUGGUGUGCGACCCGGGCCUGCCGGCGGGACACAGGACGAAAACAGCCUUGGGGGACCACCUGACCAAUGUGGGGAUAAACAGGGACAAUGUAUCCGAGGUCCUGCAGAUCUACAUGGAGGCGCACUGCGGGCAGACCGAGCUGGCCCAGCUGACUGAGAGCCUGAGGACCAAGGCCUUCCAGGCCCACACGCCCGUCCAGAAGGCCUCCAUGCUGGCCUUCCUGGUCAACGAGCUGGCCUGUAGCAAGAGCGUGGUCAGCGAAAUUGACAAAAACAUCGAUCACAUGACCAAUCUAAGGAGAGACAAGUGGGUCGUUGAAGGCAAUCUUCGGAAGCUGAGGAUCAUUCACGGGAAAAAGACGGGGAAGAGAGACGCGGGGGCCGUGGGGGGCGAGGAGGGCCAGACGUUGGGGUCCCCCGCCGCCGGACGCAAGCGCAAGAGGAAAGCCGGAGACAGCGACGAAGACGAGGACGAGGACAGCGACGAGCAGGGCGAGGAAGAUGAGGAGGAGGAAGAGGAGGGCAAAAAGGGGAAGAAGGCAGACACGUGCGAAGAUGAGGAUGAGGGAGACCAGGCCGCGAGUGUGGAGGAGCUGGAGAAGCAGAUUGAAAAACUAUCGAAGCAACAGAGCCAGAUUCGGCGGAAGCUGUUUGAGGCGUCCCACCUGCUACGCUCCAUGGCGUACGGGCAGGACCGCUACAAGCGCCGCUACUGGGUGCUGCCUCAGUGUGGCGCCAUCUUCGUGGAGGGGAUGGAGAGCAUGGAAGGUGAAGAAGAGGUGGAGAAAGAGAAGGAGAGAGGGAGGAGUGCGCAGGCGGUCCAAGUGAAAGAAGAGGAAGAGCCUCCGGAGGUCUCUGAGAAGCCACUGGGCGCCAGCCCCGCUCCCAGCUCAGAAGGCGACGUGGCCACUCCCGAGAGGCUUCAGGAGAAGGACUCCCCCAACCUCUUCCUCCAGAAGCCCGGGUCCUUCUCCAAGCUCAGCAAGCUCCUGGAGGUGGCCAAAAUGUCCGCCGAGCCGGAAGGCCACCCGCAGAAAGAGAACGGAAACCCCGUGCCUACGGCCCCUACACCGACGUCCCCCUCCCCCGCCCACGCCGACCCUCAGACAGCCGUUCCCAGCAGCCCCCCUCCCCCUGUCCUCACGGCCGCCACGCCCGACCCCCCCCUCCUCAUCCCCGCCAAGGCCAGCAGCCCCCAGCCGCUGUUGCCGGGCGACCAGCUUUUCCGCGUGCUAACAGAGAAGAGUGGCCAGUGGUUCAGCCUGCUCCCUCGCUCGCCCUGCGAUGAGUCGUCCCUCACCUCCACCCCCACUCCGCCCGUCUCCGCCAGGCCCAAGUCCCCGCCGCCCUCAUCGCCAACGCACCUGGCCACCUCCACCUCCACGUUGUCCAGUCCCCACAACCCCAUGGGCAUCAGUAACUUCGCCUUGUCGGCUUUGCAGGUGAAGACCGGUGUUCACAUCAUGGGGCUCCCGUUCUGUGGCUGGCCCGGCGGAAUGAUGAGCGCCAACCUCUCCUUCUCCGGGGGCCCGCUGCCCCCCUUGCUGGGCGCAGGGUAUCCCCCAGCGGAGGGCAACGGGAACCCCUUCCUGGCCCCCAGCGUCUCCACCAGUAAGAGCGAGUCCCCAGGACCCCCCAGCGAGAAGCUCCCUUGCGCCGCCUCCCCUGCCGUCGAAGCAGCCAAACCGCCAGACUGUCCCGCCCCUGAGCCAAUCCCAGAAGAGCUGCUCUCGGGCUGGUGGAAGGUGGCAGAUAUGGAGGAGCUGCGCACUCUGGUGAAGGCUCUGCACUCCAGGGGCCUGCGGGAGAAGGCCCUGCAGAAACAGAUCCAGAAACACAUGGAGUGCAUCGCUCAGGCCUGCGCCAAGAACAGAGACGCUGCCACUAUCGACGUGGCAGAGCUGGAGGAGAACCAGGUGACGGAGGAGACGGUGGAGAGCUGGUGCGUGGAGGAGCAGGCCAUGGAGGUGGACAUCGCGGUCCUGCAGCAGGUGGAGGAGCUGGAGAGGAAGGUUACCUCCGCCAGCCUGCAGGUUAAGGGGUGGCUCUACCCCGAGCCCCAGUCAGAGAGGGAAGACCUGGUGUACCACGAGCAUAAGCCCGUCGCCAAGCUGUGUCCAGCCGGAGACAAAGAGGCCGGCCCGAAGCAGGAGGACACAGGGGACGGCAGCAUCGUGCGGCGCAUCAACAACCCCCUAGAUAUAGCUGUAACCAGGCUGGCUGAGUUGGAGAGGAACAUCGAGAGAAGGUAUCUGAAGAGCCCCUUAAGCACCACCAUUCAGAUCAAACUGGAUAAUGUGGGUACGGUCACUGUCCCCGCUUCUGCGCCAUCCAGUAGUGAUGGUGGGGAUGGAGGCGAGGAAGAGGUGGCCCCGGGGAUGAAGGCGUGGCGUAAAGCGCUAGCCGAGGUGCGUAGCGCCGCCCAGCUGGGCCUCUGCGUCCAGCAGCUGCAAAAGUCCAUCGCCUGGGAGAGGUCCAUCAUGAAAGUGUACUGCCAAAUUUGCCGGAAGGGGGAUAACGAGGAGCUGCUCUUGCUUUGCGACGGCUGCGAUAAAGGCUGUCACACUUACUGCCAUAGACCCAAGAUCACAGCUAUCCCCGACGGGGACUGGUUCUGCCCGGCCUGCAUUUCCAAGGCGAGCGGCCCGUCCCCGAAAAAUAAAAAGGUGCAGAACCGAACCGGAGGAGGAGGAGGAGGAGCAGGAGGAGGAGCAGGAGGCGCAGGGGGAGGUGGAAAGAAGAGCAGUGAGCCGAAGAGGAGCAGGAAGCCGUGCACGGGGGGAGGAGAGGUCCAGGAGGACGAGGCCGCGAGCGCAAGCAGCACUCCAAAGAAAGGAGGGAAAGACGCGAAAAAGAGGAAGGGGGAGGAGACCCCGCCCCCAAACCAGCCCAAGCAGGACAGCCCCGCCUCCGCAAAGAAGCCCGCCAGAGACAACAUAAAGGACCUCACUUUGUGCAGCAUACUGCUGUCUGAGCUGGAGGGCCAUGAGGAUGCUUGGCCCUUCCUCACUCCCGUCAACCCCAAGUCUGUCCCUGGCUACAAGAAAGUCAUCAAGAAACCCAUGGACUUCUCCACUAUCCGCGAAAAGCUUUGUUGCAAUCAAUACCAGAAUCUGGAGACAUUCAUCAUUGACGUCAACUUGGUUUUUGACAACUGUGAAAAAUUCAAUGAAGACAAUUCCGAUAUUGGACGAGCCGGACACAACAUGCGGAAGUUCUUUGAGAGAAGAUGGACUGACCUUUUGAAGGCUAACUAAGUUUCUUCAGACGUUACUUUCACUAUCUGGGACCACUUAUCUCCAUGUCAGUUCCCAGAGCAGAGCACUUGAGAAAGUAUUGUACUCCAAAUCUCCAAGGCACAAGGCUCAAGUGUCUUCCCCAAACAAAGCAGGGCUUCUAAAUUCACAGUUAGGUAUACUGAUGUACAAAGUUGAUCAGGCAAGAACAGGGAAAAUGCACCCACAGAGUUCCGCACUGGGGUGUUUUAGUGCAAUACUUUUUCUUCUAAGAAACCGCACUGAAUUUGCAACCAUCAGAGCUGUAAUAGGGAAAGGAUGCUUUCCACUUGAUAUCUGUAAAUAUUUUUUCCUUUUUUUUAAACUGUAUUGUUAAUAUUAUAGUGAAUGUAUUUAAUUUGAAUUAUUUAUGAGUUUUAAAGGUCCAGUGUUCUUCAUUUUCUAUGAAAAGGAAGAAAUCACAAAAACUGCUUUAAAUCUAAAGGAAUGUGUUUUUCUUUCCAAGUAUAAAACAAAGCCAAGAAAAAAAUAUACUGUUUACAUUGUUCCGCGCAUCCGGGGCAUCCGAAGACUCAUUACGGUAAUACUGUAAAGCUGCAUUUAUGUAUAAAUAUAUGUUUUUGCAUCACUUAGUUGCAAAAGGCAGUGAGACAACAGUGACACAUCUGUAUAUACUGUUCAUUAAUGUUAAUAUUAAGUCUUGGUUGGAAUAUGUAUGAUGUGUACAUAUCGUUUCAGACAUCAGAUAUUGUUUAUGCCUUAGAAUUGACUGUAGAGUAUUAUUUUAGUCUUAAAGUGAUGAUGAAUUUAUUGCUUGUACAGUAAAUAUCCUCUGCAAACACUGUGGUCUCCUUAAUCUUGGUAGUGCCUACCUUUACAACAGGGUGUAGGGGAUAUUGUUUUUGUUUCCCAUUUUUCUAUUUUUUUAAAUGUAUCCUUUUAACCCUCCCUGGCGUCAAACUUGUGACGCAAUCAUUUUAUCCACAUAAGCUAGAUUGCGACACAGUAUUUUUCAUGAAAACAUUUCCCUCCAUCUGCCUUUACACAGACCCUGGGACACAAGGACACUUGUAACCGUUGUGUUUGAAUAUUGCUGUGUGUCCUGGCCUACUACGGGCAGCUAGAACAGAUUAUUAUCAUUUUUAUUUUGUUUUUUUUUUGUACCUGAGUGAGAGUACUUGAAGUUUUUAUUUUAAGAGCUCGUGGAAAAAAAUGUAGCAUUCUUUUUGUAGGAGCAUUAUUUUUCACUAGUGUGUGUGGCACGGAUCUAUUAAAAUGAUGUUUUUCAA